AUGGAUGAGCCUCCACAAGAAAUUGUCUCUCCCGAAGAGUUCAAAGCCGCCCGCGCCCAACUCCUGCAAGAUGAAAAGGCCGUGACGUAUCUCUCGCAAGCCGUCGCUGCGGCCCGUCGCCGACUUCCCAUGGUAAAGGUCGACGAUCCAGCUCGCUUCUGCUUCGACACGGUGCACGGGGAACAGUCCCUCCUUGAUCUCUUUGACGGGCGCAAACAACUGAUCCUCUGGCACGUGAUGCUGGCGACCGAGGCCGACGGCCACGACGGCAUCGCGCACGCCUGCAUGGACCAUAUUCCCCCUCUCCAGUACCUGCACAGCAGAGACACCUCCUUCGUCGCUGUUAUGCCCACCCCCUUGCAAGGGAUCACCGAGCAUGCAACCCGACUGGGGUGGAAGUUUCCAUUUCACAGCUCGACCAAAACACAUCAGGCAUGGAAGCAUGCGGAGGCAAACGGAGAGACCAUCACUUGGAAGCCCAGCAAUGGAUUUUUCGGGGUGAGUGUGUUCAUCAGGGAAGAAGACGAGGUCUUUCACACAUAUGAGACGUCGGAUCGAGGGAUCGAGGCGAUCUUGUCCACCUAUCAACUCUUGAAUAUGACGCCGUUGGGUCGGCAGGAGGAGGGGGGGGGGGGGAUGGAAUGA